AUGCGAUUAGACCAGCUCGCUUUUAUCAUGUCGACGGUAAUGAUUUUGAAAGGGAAAGACAAGAGUUCUGCUUCUAAUCAUUGGGUAAAUGAGAGUUGUUCAGCCAAUCAAAGACGACAAUGGAAAUUGAAUAGAAAAAAGACGUAUUUAUUAUAUAUAUUAAAUAACAAGCUCCUGGUGCCGCCUGGUGUAAUCCGCUGAGUAACUCUCUGAUACUCACACACUGUGCUCCUUAAAGGGACAUUUCACUCCUAAAUGAAAGUUUGGCCUAUGUGUCCGGACCUUAAGAGUAGUCUAAUGUCAAGGUGAAACCACGUCCCACAACAUCCGUUUUGUGUGUAGAUCCUGCUAACUUUGAUUUGAAAAGUGUAAUGUACCUUUAACUCAUACAUGUUGACUGAGUUAAGAGGUAGCGAGAAGCGUACCUUAUUCCCAUGCACAUGGUGCUGAUCACUAACAUUCUUCGUCGGGUUGCCAUGAUAGGCCGGUUUCCCCCCCGGAGUGGUGAACAUCGUGCCAGGGUUCGGCCCCACGGCAGGCGCAGCCAUUGCUAGCCACAUGGGCAUCGACAAAGUGGCGUUCACGGGUUCUACAAAGGUACGUGCAUGUUUGGAAGUAUGCAUAAUGCUGGAAGCGACGGGGCAACUGGUUGGAAGACUGUGUUUUUUUGUAACCGUUCACUGUCUGUUCCAAGAUUAACAGACCUGGGUUCAAGUAGUAUUUUCCUUUCAAAUAGUCUGCCUGGAGUGUCAGAUGGGCGGGGUUUGCACUUUUGGGACUAGUUUGUGUGUUCCAUUGUACCAGACAAGCUCAAUCAAGUGCAGCUAAAGUAUCAAAAGGAAACAAAUACUAUUUGAACCCAAGGCUGAAAAUAAAUGAUUUUUCAAAGCCAAGUGGGGUACAGGAUUGUAUGAUAAAAGUCACAUUUAUUUGACACUUGUUUAAACAUUUUGGUAUCUUUCUCAUUUCGGCAUGCAGUACAUGCUUUCAUUAACAGUCUGUCUCACCGAUACCAGUCCCUCGUGCCCUAUCAAAUCCCAAUGUACAUUUAAAAAAGUAUUUGUUUGAACUGAAUGUCCCGUAUGACACAUUGUUAUAUGACUUCCCCCUGUGAUCCGUCCUCGCCCUGUUUGUCUCCCCAGGUAGGCCAGUUGAUCAAAGAGGCCGCAGCCAAGAGUAAUCUGAAAAGAGUGACUUUGGAGCUGGGUGGGAAGAACCCCUGCAUUGUCUUUGCUGACUCGGACUGUAAGUGAUGUGGUUACUGUCUCUCUAUUAAACCAACAAGGCAGACAGGGAGAACAAAGACAGCAGCUUGGCUAGGCGCAGAGGAAAGGGCUUUGACACAGUGUGUGUGUGAUCAACAGUGUGCCUGUAAGCAAUAGAGCUCGAGACUGAUUGCGAACUGUGUGAUAGUUAGCGUGACGGACAUUGUGCCAUCGUGACUCCUAUCCUAUAACACGAUAACCCAGCGGGCAAAACUGGUUGCAAUGACGUCUUUACGACGUCUCUGAAGACGUCAUGGUCAGGUUGUCUACUGGUUGUAAAAGGACAGGGUUUCUGUUCAAUUUGUUUGUGACCAGAAAAAUACAUGUUUACCUGGUUCUAAUCUUGUUAUCUGACAUCUCUACGACCAGAAACCAAGUUUACAAUCAGGAAAUGAUGUCAUAAUGAUGCCAAAUGUUGCCCUCAGGGUAGAUGUUGCCAAUUGUUCUGUUAUUGCUCUGAGGGACUCUAAUGGAGGAAAGAACAACCCACACUCACUGUAUUAGGCUAUGUCCCAAAUGCCACCCUAUUCCCUAUAGUGCCUAUGGGCCUCGGUCACAAGUAGUGCACUAUAUAGGGAAUAGGGUGGCAUUUGGGACUCACCCUUAGUCUUAAAUGUAAAUGUAAAUUUAGAAGCAGCAGAGGUCACACAAAUGGAGGCGUUUUGGCGACAGCCUUCGUCAGCAUUUCUCUUAUGUUCACUAACAGUGCAGUUGGCGGUGGAGGAGACCCAAAAGGGAGCCUUCUUCAACCAGGGCCAGUGCUGCACGGCCGCGUCGCGUGUCUUCGUGGAGGAACAGGUCUAUGAGGAGUUUGUACGCCGCAGCGUCGAGAGUGCCAAGAGUAUCGUCAUAGGAGACCCCCUGGACCCACGCACAUCACACGGACCACAGGUAUCUCUUCUCUUUUCUCCUCCUCUCCCCCCUCUCCUCUCUCUUCUUCUCUUCUCUUCUCUCCUCCUCUCUCCCCCCCUCCUCUCCUCUUCUUCUCUUCCUCUUCUCUCCUCCUCUGCCCCUACCUCUCUUCGUCUUCUUCCUCCUCCUCUUCCCCUCUCCCUCUCCCCCCUUUUUCCCCCCUCUCCUCUUCUUCUUCCUUCUCUCCCUCCCUCCCCCCUCUCCUCUCUCUUCUUCUCUUCUCUCCUCUCCCCCCUCGUUCUCUCUCUCACUCUUCUUCGUCUCCUCCUCUACCCCCUCCUCCUCUCUCUCUCUCGUCUUCUCUUCUCUCCCCUCUCCUUCUCCUCUUCUCUUCUUCUCCUCCUCUCCUCCCCCUCACCCUCUCUUCUUCUCUUCUCUCCGUUCCCUUCGCUCUCCCCCCCCUCUCCUCUCUCUUCUUCCUUCUCUUCCUCCUCUCGCUCCUAACCCUCUCCUCUCACUCUUCUUCUCCUCCUCUCCGCCUCUCCCCGCCGCCCUCUCCUUCUUCUCUUCCUCUCUCUCUCUUCUCCUCUUCUCUCCUCUCUCUCUCCCCCCUCUCUCUCUCUCUUCUUUCCUCUCUCCUCUCUCCCCCCUCUCCUCUUCUCUCUCUUCUCUCUUCUUCUCUCUCCUCUCUCUCCUCUCCCCUUCUCUCUCCUCUCUCUUCUCCUCUCUCCUCUCUUCUUCUCUCUCCCUCUCUCUCCUCCUCUCUUCUUCUCUUCUCUCUCUCCUCUCCUCCCUCUCUCUUCCUCCUCUCCCCCCUUCUCCUCUUCUUCUUUUUCUCUUCUUCCUCUCUCUCUGAUCUUUUUCUUCUCUUCUCUCCUCCUCUCCCCCCCUCUCCUCUCUUUUCUUUCUCCUUCUUCUCUCUGAUUGGAGUGUUCUGCCAGAGAGGCCUCUCAGACAGGUGUUUGAAACUCAGACAGGUGUUUGUCAGAAACUCUCCACUGACACAGAGCAAGUCGUCCGAACGCCACAAACCCCAGUCAUUGUGUCUGUGAUGCUGGCCAGUAGAAAAGCAUCUCAAAUAUGUCGACUUACACCAAAAUGCUCAAAUAUGGGGCAACAGACAGUAUACAGUAUUCAAAUCAAAUCAAAUUGUAUUUAUCACACGCGCUGAAUACAACUGGUGUAGACUUUACAGUGAAAUGCUUGCUUACUAACCUUUCCCAAUGAUGCAGAGCUUAAAAAUAAUAAUACAAAUAAAAUAGUAACACAAGAGGAAUAAAAUAAAAUACACAAGAAUGCAGCUAUAUACAGGAACUACCAGUACCAGAUCAAUGUGGAGCUAUAUACAGGGAGUACCAGUACCAGUCAAUGUGGAGCUAUAUACAGGGAGUACCAGUACCAGGUCAAUGUGGAGCUAUAUACAGGACGUACCAGUACCAGAUCAAUGUGGAGCUAUAUACAGGACGUACCAGUACCAGAUCAAUGUGGAGCUAUUAGCCGGAGGACCAGUACCAAGUACCUGGGAUAUAAGUGGAGACUAGUUACCAGGGGAGUAUCAGGGAGUACGAGUACCAGGUCAAUGUGGAGCUAUAUACAGGGAGUACCAGUACCAGAUCAAUGUGGAGCUAUAUACAGGGAGUACCAGUACAGAUCAAUGUGGAGCUAUAUACAGGGAGUACCAGUAUCAGAUCAAUGUGCAGAGGUACGGGGUAUUUGAGGUAGAUAUGUACAUGAAGGCAGGGUAAAGUGACUAAGCAUCAGGAUAGAUAAUAAUAUGAGUAAAAUAAAAAACAGAGUAGCAGCAGCAAAUGAUGAGUGUAAGUGUGUGUGUGCAUGUGUGUGCAUGUGUGUACUGUAUGUGUGUUUGAAUUGGUAUGCGUGUGUGUUAUGUGUGUGCGUAUGUAGUGUAUGUGAAUGUGUGAGGGUUUUGUGUGGGAGUGACAGUGCAGUGUGUGUGUGUGAGUGAGUGAGUGAGAGUGAGUGAGUGAGUGAGUGAGUGAGUGAGUGAGUGAGUGUGUGAGUGAGUGAGUGAGUGAGUGAGUGAGUGUGUGAGUGAGUGAGUGAGUGAGUGAGUGAGAGUGAGUGAGUGAGUGAGUGAGUGAGUGAGUGAGUGAGUGAGUGAGUGAGAGUGAGUGAGUGAGUGAGUGAGUGAGUGUGUGUAUAUGGUGUGUAUAUGGUGUGUAUAUAGAGUCUAGUGAGUGAGUGUGUGUAUAUGGUGUGUAUAUGGUGUGUAUAUAGAGUCUAGUGAGUGUGUGUGUAUAUGGUGUGUAUAUAGAGUCUAGUGAGUGUGUGUGUGUAUAUGGUGUGUAUAUAGAGUCUAGUGAGUGUGUGUGUGUAUAUGGUGUGUAUAUAGAGUCUAGUGAGUGUGUGUGUGUAUAUGGUGUGUAUAUGGUGUGUAUAUAGAGUCUAGUGAGUGUGUGUGUGUAUAUGGUGUGUAUAUAGAGUCUAGUGAGUGUGCGUAGGGUCAGUGCAAGAUAGAGUCAGUGCAGAUAGUUCGGGAACCAUUAGUUGACUACUUAGCAGUCUGGCAAUUUAGCAGUGUUAUGGUUUGGGGGUAGAAGCUGCCUUGGAGCCUGUUGGUCCGAGAGCUGAUGCUCCGGUACCGUUUGCCUGGACGGUAGCAGAGUGAACAGUCUAUGGCUUGGGUGGCUGGAGUCUUUGUCAAUUAUUCACGAUUAGAUCAGUUCCUAACUUUGGACCAAAUCCUACAGAUGUAGUAUCUUCAGUUGAGCCAGUUUGCUACGGCAGGAAAAUAAUCCUGCAGCAACAGGAAAUGUGCAUUUUUAUUUAACUAGGCAAGUCAGUUAAGAACAAAUUCUUAUUUACAAUGACGGCCUACACCGGCCAAACCCGGACGACGCUGGGCCAAUUGUGCGCUGCCCUAUGGGACUCCCAAUCACGGCCGGUUGUGAUACAGCCUGGAAUCGAACCAGGUGGUCUGUAGUGACACCUCAAGCACUGAGAUGCAGUGCCUUAGACCGCUGCGCCACUUGGGAGCCCAAGGAUUUGGUUAAUGGACAUUUUUGUAGGGGGUUGAUACAUUUUUCAUAGGGCAAAUCAAGUCUGGAAUUUCUAAGCCUUUUUAAAACUCAAAUACACUAAAAGUUAGCAUUUCCUGCGGUGCAGGAAAGUUCUCAGCAACAAAAAAGUGAUCAAAUGAAGAUCAUACAUCUGUAACUUGAGAGCUGUGUGCUUAACUCAGAUAUUCAUGUAAGUCAUGCAGUGAAGUCAAUCAAAUAUUAUCUCAAGUUAACUGUGCAGACCACAAAUUAGGAUUCAGUCCUUUACUUUAAGUAUACAGCUGAUAGCAUGAGAAGAUGUGGGACAGUUACAGAACAUAGCCUUCAGGUCUUUUCUGACAGAAACUUAGUUUCCAUUACGCCGUUGGCUAUCAAUGUAGGCUAUCUGUCACGAUCGUGUGGACGAGAAGGAGUAGACCAAGGCGCAGCGUGUGCAACGAACAUGACUUUAAUAGUAAAGCACAAAAUACAAAACAAAACACGAUCGAGAAGUCCACAGUAACACUGACUGACAACGGAACAAAAACCCACAACCCUAAUGUGAACACUGACAGUUUAAAUAUGGCUCCCAAUCAGAGAUAACGAGCCGACAGCUGACACUCGUUACCUCCGAUUGGGAGUCACAUGACUACACCAGAAACUAACCAAAACCAAACACAACCAAAACAAAACACAACAAAACGAACACACCCUGGCUCAACAUACAAAGUCCCGGAGCCAGAGCGUGACAGUACCCCCCCCUAAAGGCGCGGACUGCGACCGCGCCUCAAAAACCCCAAACAGGGGAGGGCUGGGUGGGCAUUGCUCCUCGGAGGCGGCUCCGGCUCCGGGCUUGACCACCACCCCUCUUCAAUCCCCCCGUAGCGCCCCCGGUCCGAUCUGACCCAGCUGGUAGGAUCUGGACUGACGACGCGCACCCCUGGCUUGGCGCGUGAGGCAGGAACGGACCGGACCUGGCUGACGAUACGCACCCUAGGCUUGGUGCGUGAAGCCGGAACGGGCCUCACCAGGCUGACGACUCGCAUCCCCGGCUUGGUGCGAGUAGCAGGAACGGGCUGGACCAGGCUGACGACUCGCACCCUUGGCUUGGUGCGAGUAGCAGGGACGAGCUGGACCAGGCUGACGACUCGUACCCCUGGCUUGGUGCGUGGAGCAGGGACAGGCCGGGCUGGGCUGGCGACGCACACCGUGGACCUGGUGCGUGGAGCAGGGACCGGCUGGGCUGGGCUGACGACGCACACCGUGGGCUUAGUGCGUGGAGCAGGAACAGGCCGGUCUGGGCUGGCGACGCACCCCGUAGGCUUGGUGCGUGGAGCAGGGACCGGCUGGGCUGAGCUGACGACGCACACCGUGGGCCUGGUGCGUGGAGCAGGGACAGGCCGAGCUGGGCUGACGACGCACACCGUGGGCCUGGUGCGUGGAGCAGGGACAGGCCGGGCUGGGCUGGCGACGCCCACCGUAGGCUUUGUGCGUGGAGCAGGGACAGGCUGAGCUGGGCUGACGACGCACACCGUAGGCUUUGUGCGUGGAGCAGGAACAGGCCGGACCGGGCUGGAGACGCGCACCGUCCAUUUGGUGCGAGGGGCCGUAACAGGCCGGACCGUACUGGGGACACACACCACUGGCUCUACUCCGGGAACUGGAACGGGCCGGACCGGACUGGUAACACACCCCAGUACCUCUCGCCAUGCCUCUAAACCUCCUUUCCCUACUUUGACCAGUGGCCCCCGUAACCUGGUGGCCUUUUGAAUUCGCCCCUUCUCUGCCUCCGUCAGCCCCGUCGUCCAUGCCCUGUGCCCCCCCCUAAAAAAUUCUUGGGGGUGCCUCUCGUCCCUCCGACGCUGCUCCCACAUCCAGGCUGCCGAUUCCUGGACACGCUGCUUGGUCCUUUGAUGGUGGGUUUUUCUGUCACGAUCGUGUGGACGAGAAGGAGUAGACCAAGGCGCAGCGUGUGCAACGAACAUGACUUUAAUAGUAAAGCACAAAAUACAAAACAAAACACGAUCGAGAAGUCCACAGUAACACUGACUGACAACGGAACAAAAACCCACAACCCUAAUGUGAACACUGACAGUUUAAAUAUGGCUCCCAAUCAGAGAUAACGAGCCGACAGCUGACACUCGUUACCUCCGAUUGGGAGUCACAUGACUACACCAGAAACUAACCAAAACCAAACACAACCAAAACAAAACACAACAAAACGAACACACCCUGGCUCAACAUACAAAGUCCCGGAGCCAGAGCGUGACACUAUCAGUACAGCUUCACUAAAGAUCGCUUGUGGUGGGAGCAGAAAACAUCCCCUUAUUUUUCUAGCUGUUCUUUCUCUCCUGUGCCAGCUUUGGAUGUGUGUAAAUUAAUACUCCCUUUAUAUCCAUUACUUUACCUUUUGUGUAAUGACAUCACCCUGCCUGCCUCCAACUUAACGAAACCACUUGUCUCUCUACUCACAACAAAGAAGGAGAGAGCAAGAGAGCGAGCAGAGAGAGAGAGAGCAGAGAGAGGCGAGGAAGAGAGAGCAAGAGAAGAGCGAGAGAUGAGAGAAGAGAGAGACGAGAGAGAGAGCGAGAGCGAGGCAGAGAGAGAGAGGGCGAGAGGAGAGAGAGAGAGAGAGAGAGCGAGAGAGAGGGCGAGAGAGAGAGAAGAGGAGAGAGAGGGAGAGCGAGAGAGGGAGAGGACGCAAAGAAGGAGGAAGAGAGAAGCGAGAGCCGAAGAGACGCAGAGAGAAGCGAGUCAGAGAAGGCAGAGAGCGAAAGCGAAGCAGGACGAGCAACGAGGGAGAUCGCGAGGAUGAGAGCAGAGCGCAAGAGAGAGAGCGAGCGAAAGAUGAGCGCCGAGGAGACGUAGCAGGAUGAAGAGGUGGAGAGCGAAAGGCAGACGAGUAGAAGAAGAGACAGAGAUAGACGAGACGAAGAGCACGAAGACGAGGACACGAGCGCGGAGCGAAGAGAAGCUCCGUUCUCAUCUCCUAUUUCCCUCUUUCUUCUCCGCUUCCUCUUCUGCAAUCUUCACUUCCGUGCUAUUUCUCUAUCUCCUCCAUACUCCUCUCUUCUGCUCUCCCUACUGCUCUCUCUCUCGCUCUCUCUCUCUUCUCCUCCCUCCCUCCCGCCCUCACCCCCCUCCCUCCCUCCCUCACUCAUCUCCUCUCAUCUCCUAUCUUCCCCUGUUCCUCCAGAUUGAGCAGAAGCAGUUUAAUAAGAUACUGGAGUUGAUUGACAGCGGGAAGAAGGAGGGAGCCAAACUGGAAUGCGGGGGCGUGGCCAUGGAGGACACAGGCCUCUACAUCCAGCCCACCGUAUUCUCCCAUGUCAAAGACCACAUGCGCAUCGCCAAGGAAGAGGUAAGAGAUCCAAAUGCUGAUCUAUGGUCAGUUUUGUGAUUUUCUUGUCAGAUGGUUAAGGUUAGGAUUGGGGGAUGAUGCAUCCGUCCACCACAACGCUGCCUGAAGAAGACUCUAGCAGUCGAAACGCGUCCUGAUAUGAAUUAUAAACUGGGUGGUUCCAGCCCUGAAUGCUGAUUGACUGACGGCUGUGGUAUAUCAGACCGUAUACCACGGGUAUGACAAAACAUGUAUUUUUACUCUUCUAAUUACAUUGGUAUAAAAACAAAGAGAGUCGCACUCUAUGUAUAAACACCCAGUCAUUUAUUGGGUAAACCACCAACCUUCCGGCAUACAUUGGUAACCAGUUUAUAAUAGCAAUAAGGCACCUCAGGGGUUUGUGGUAUAUGGCUAAUAUACCACGGCUAAGGGCUGUAUCCAUUUUUACAUUUACAUUUUAGUCAUUUAGCAGACGCUUUUAUCCAGAGCGACUUACAGUAUCCAGGCACUCCGCGUUGCGUCGUGUGUAAGAACAGCCCUUAGCCGUGGUAUAUUGACCAUAUACCACACUCCCUCUGGCCAGAUUGCUUAAAUAUACCACAGGCUGAUCUGAUCAUUCUGUUCUCUGUAUGUAAUACCUGUAAAUACUUAACUGAAGUGUUUCUGCAUCGUAUUGGCUGCCUACUGUUUCUUCUUUCGAUGAUUGGGGGAAGGAAAGCUGAUCCUAGAUCUGUGAUCUGUGUCUACGGGGAACUUCUACCCAGAGCUAGGGGUUUCUGAUGUUGGCAUUACAGUGAUUUCAUUCAUAAAAAUGAGAACGCCACUACUGGUCCAGGCAGUUUUGUUGUAUACCACUGCCAUCUUCUGGUGGUGUGGUUGAAGUGCAGGUUCAGACAACGGUAUAUAUAUGGUUCAAACAAAGUAAUCGUCAUGCAGAUGGAUGGAGGGCGCUUCUUUGCAUCUGUGGCAUAAUGACUUCUGUGACAGCAUGGGCAGCGAUCUUUCUCCGUUUUAAAGUAGUCAAUUUCUUCUUGCAUUUCUUCUAUGAGUCUGUAAACAAAUUGAAAGAGUGUAUACUGCCACCUGGAGUGUGUUUUCUAAACAGGCAUGAAGCCAAGGUUGGGGAUUUACUGCCAGCUGCCAUUCAUUGGCUGAUCCCUCCUGCUAACCUGGAUGAAAUUCUGUGAUCCUUCCUUAACCCAUAGAAAGGUCCACCCAGUUGACUACUUUAAAAUGUUGAAAGUCCUCAAUGGAUCUGCCCAUGCUAAUACAGCCUUUGUGGCACUAGAGCUGUCUAUCCAAGUCUAUCGUCAUGGUAAACCAGGAUCGUAUCAUAGAAAUAGAUAGAGGACUCUAGUGGCCAAAAGCCUGUUUUAGCAUGGGCAGCCCCAUUGAGGACUUUCACCAUUUUUAAGUAGUCAACUAGGUGGGGCUUCCUAUGGGUUAAGGAAGGAUCACAUCAUUCCCUCCAGGUCAUCAGGAGGGUACAGUAAAUGAAUUAUACUCGUGAGCAAACAUUCCAUAACUGCAGUUGGCAGUAAAUUGCCAACCUUGGCUUUAUACCUGUUCAAACAACACACUGCAGGUGGCAGUAUGCAGCAUUUCAGUUUGUUUACCAACUCAUAGAAGUAGAAGAAGAAUAAAAUGUACUACUUAAAAAUGGAGAUGGCAUCAAUGGCACUGCUCAUGCUCCCACAGACGCCAUAAAGGGACAGAUACAAUGUUGCAUCCUCUAACUAUCUCAAUGGGUCGUAUUCACUAGACACCAAACUGAACAUGUUUUACUGACACAGGGAGGGACUAUCUGGACCUGUCAAAUAACAAACACCAAUGAAUAUGACCCAAGGCUAUUCUGAUUGGUGCUAAUUGAUCUGACAGAGAUUCAUUUGGACACAACACAACAUUGACAGGGUUAAGCAGUGAAGUCAUUGCAUUUUUAAAUUAUUUUUUUAUUCACAUUAUUCAUCAUAUCCACGUCAAUCCAAAUUGGACGUUGAACUGACAGCUGUGCCCUGUGAGGUUUUGCUUUGUCCUUCUCCUGCUCACCAUGGCCUGUUUGAAUACGUAACAAACAUACCUGUCUUUCCUCCUUGGGGUAAUCACUGAUCCAACACAAACUGAUAGGUGUAAGCAACGGUUCUAUCGCAUAGCUUUACCAAUCCAGCCAUGUCACAUCAGGGAUUUCUUCAAAGGAGGGCGGUAGGAAGGAUGCAUUCGAAAUGGGCAUGUAAUCUUCUCCAUGACCCCAUCCAGAUCUUCGGUCCGGUCCAGUGUAUAUUCCGCUUCAAGAGCCAGCAGGAGGCCAUAGAGAGAGCCAACAGUACGGAGUACGGCCUGGCUUCUGCCGUGUUCACACGCAAUCUGGACCGGGCUCUCUCUGUGUCUGCCGCCCUGGAGACUGGCACCGUCUGGUAGGUUACUGUUAACUCCUGAACAAUAGUACCAUGAUAGUAUCAUUAUAUAUGACUACAACAACAACUAUUAACUACUACUAUUCCCAUCCUAACAAUUCAUAACUAGUACUAGUAUCCAAAAUAGUGUAAGGAAGAGAACUGGAUGUUAGUGAUUGAUUAGUAAUGCCUGACCAGUUCUUAUAAAUACUGUAGGUUAGUCCCAUAGAGAUACUUUACUAUUCCUUUACUCCAUAUGCUACUAACUACUACUUCCUACAGUACCACUUCUAUUACCGUUUUACCACUGUACUCCCUAUUCACUCCGACUUCGUAUCCCCUACUUAUACCUCUUCAUGUUCCCAUGAGAACACAGCUGUGGCUGCACAAUGUGGCCACAAGACAGAGCUAGGUAGGUAGGUAUCCCAGACAAAGCUCCUCUGUGUGGCAGUGAGAGGAGGACAGGGAGUGGGAGAGAAGAACGAAGAGAUUUGAACGGCUGGAGAGACAUUUACUUGGCACGCAAUAUCGGCUGAGCAAUCUGUACUGUCAUGAUCAUAGCGUUUCUUUACGUUUUACUCCCAGGUCAAGACCUCAGUCUGAACGUUUAUGUUACGUUAUGGCAGAGGAGUAGGUCCAUCAGAACAUAAGGUUAUGGCCGCAUUAGGAUUGUGCAAAUUAAGGUUAUGACACUGGAUGAGUGCGACAUGCUAUCGUGUCCCUGGUGAAUUCUGGGAAGGAACUGAAGUUACUGUAAACAAAGACAUUACUCUGCUUAGUCUCAUCUCUUUCUCUCUCUCCCUCUCUGUCUCUGUCUGUCUCUCUCUCGCUCGCUCGCUCUCUCUCUGUCUCACUGUCUGUCUCUCUCUGUCUCUCACUGUCUGUCUCACUCUCUCUGUCUCUCUCUCUGUCUCUGUCUGUCUGUCUGUCUGUCUCUCUAUCUCUCUCAGGGUUAACUGCUAUAACGCCCUUCAUGCCCAGGCACCAUUUGGAGGAUACAAAAUGUCAGGCAAUGGACGAGAGCUGUAAGAGUCAUUUCUUUUCAACACUCUAUGUGUGAUGAAAGGGUUUACUAGUUUGUUUGCCCAAACUUUACACUUUUGCAAAUGUUCUAUACAAUGUGAAUGAUUAGAACAAUACAAAUUCAUUUGUAUUUAUUAACCUUUAGAUUUUGAUUCCUCAGGGGCGAGUAUGCAUUGGCAGAGUACUCUGAGGUGAAAGCUGUGACCAUCAAACUAACUGAGACGCUGUGAGGGACACAGGAGAGACCACACCCCACUGCUAGAGCCCAGCCCAGCACUUCUCUUUCAUCAACCCAGGCUGCGUCCCAACACUCUGAAGCCACUUCCUUUCCUAAUCUUCUUGUCUCCUUUCCUUUAUCACCUUUGGUCUUAAAGAGUUUGAUUGGUGUGUGUGCUGUGCUCAAACCCUAUUCAACCCAUAUUUCACCUAUCAGUCAAAGUCACGAGGUGUAAAAGCCAAGGAAAGGAUGCCAUCGAAGGGUGUUGGGACACUGCAGUGGCUUGAAGUGGCUUUCUUUCGUUGGCAAAUUAAAGGAGACAAGGAGAGGUGGCCAAUCUGGAAGUGAAUUGGAACGCAGCCAAACCCUAUUAGAGUUUCAGCCCCUCCCACAGCUCUAUUGUUCCAGGGGUGUAUUCAUAGGAACCAAAUGGAAGCAAACUGGGAGGGACCUGCCUGAAUUUGUCCAAUAGAAAUUGCUACGGUUUGCUACACUUUGCACUAAUGAAUACACCCCAGCCCUUUACAAUGAGAAUCUCCAUUGAAAGGUUGUCCUCUGUAGCUCAAUUGGUAGAGCAUGGCGCUUGUAACGCCAGGGUAGUGGGUUCGAUCCCCGGGACCACCCAUACGUAAAAAUGUAUGCACACAUGACUGUAAGUCGCUUUGGAUAAAAGCGUCUGCUAAAUGGCAUAUUAUUAUAUUAUUAUUAUUACAAUACCACAGCACUUCACAGCUUCACUAAUGCCCACCAACAGACGUGGUGUAGAAUUUUUGACCUUCUUUGUCGCCAGUCCCAUAGUAGCACGUGGGCCGUGUUCAGCAGAGCACAAAAUUGUGGAACAUUCAGAUAGAAAUAUAUUAUGUAGAACAAACAUGCCUCUGAUUUGUAGAAUAAGGAAUCACCACGUCAGCUCUAGUCAUAGCAUUUCUAUCUGCAACGUUCCACAACGUUUGCCUACACUGAACGCAGCCCAGUUUAUGCCUAUGAUCCUGUCUAUCUAUGUAGGUCUCAUGUACAGAGAUUAAUGUGAGGAAUUAUUUUGUUUUUCAAAAAAAAAAGUUUCUUCAUUUGGGUUUUCUGAAAUGAAUGUUCUUCUCUCAUUUUGAGGAGCAUUUUCUCCCUUUUCAAAUGUUGGAAUGAAUUUUGAUUCUCGUUCUGAACAAGGUAAUAUUUACCUACAUUUUUUACAACUUUCUUAUGCCCAGAAGAAAGACAUGUUUUUAAUCCACUACAAUAACAAUAUAUAGGUCUAGUACUGUAUUAGCAAACCUUAACUGGCAUUUUAACACUUUUAAACACUUUACAUUGUGUUGCAUUUGGAGCUGUAUACAAUAUAUUUCAGAGUUGUAUGACUUUGCUCAUCUAUAAGGUCUUGACUAGUGUGGCAAAAUUCCGGUAACUUUCCCAAAAUUCCCAGAAAUCUUGGUCGGAUUCUGGGAUUUCUGGAAAACCUGGGAAUCUUCUGAAAGUUAACAGAAUUUUUCAGCACUAGUCUUGACUCCUGAGUACUGUUAUUAACACAUUGUUAUGCCUUGGGUGACGAUACCCCUGAUUUUUGAAAGCUUUAUUGUUUUACUGAACUAAAUGUAGGAAGUUCUGCAAAUGCAAAUGAAUUGAUGAAACUUAUUUCUUUACAAUACAUAUGGGGCUGGUUUCCCAAACCCAGAUUAAGCCUCGUCCGUGACUGAAACAACCUUUCAAUGGAGAUUUUCAUUUGGGAUUUGUGUUUAAUCCAAGCACUAGGCAUAAUCUGUGUCUGGGAAACCGGCCCCGAAUUCAAUAAGGAAAUACAUGGGGGUUUUGUCCUAAAACAACGCUACUGAAAACUGCCAUUAUGUUGAAAAUACAAGUAAUUUGUACUCCAAUGAUGUCUCAAAUGGGAGGUAAACCAUUCCUUGUCGUCACAAUAUGCACCGUAUGUGAGAUGUUACAAUGUAUAACAAACCACAAGGAAACAAGUCCUGUUCAUGUUUCUUACACUAGUCUUUUACUUUUUAUAUGGCUAUUUAAAUACAAAUUCUAAAUAAAAGAAAAUGGAAUGUGUUUGUGAUUCGUUUGGAUUUUCAUGUCAUACAUAUAAGAUUGCACACACCUCAUGGAGAAAAGCAGUUUCUUGGAAUAUGAUUACCAACAACUGCUAGUUAAAAAGGGCAAGUAUCUUUUUUUUUAAACUGAGGAUUCUGUCUGUCUAUCCUUUUAGAACACAGAUCUCAAUCUUGUUAUAAAGUCAUUGAGUGCUGCUAUAUCAAAUGUCAUCACAGUCCAAGGCACAAUGAACAUGAUCUGAACAGAGAAAAUAGAUAUAAUGUAUUGACAGUUCAGAACUAUCAUCAAGCAAACAUAAAAUAUACAGUGAAAUGUACACUUUCCUAGACAAUUAAAGUUAUCAAAUAACAGAAAUGCUUUCAACUAGUUUGACCAAUCUCUCUCUCUCUCUCUCUCUCUCUCUCUCUCUCUCUCUCUCUCUCUCUCUCUCUCUCUCUCUCUCUCUCUCACGCACACACAGGUUUUGCAUGAUACUAGUAUCGUUUGGCUGGCUUUAGGACCAUGCUCCGCAUUGACAUGAUUGGUUGACGGUAGGUGAGGGCGGGAGGUUCUAUAUAAACACAAACUCACUUCCUUGACAACUUCCUUCACAACAGCUCUGCGCUGCUCAGCGAAGCGUAAGAAGUAUGAAUGCCCUGACUUCUGCAGAAGCCAUAUCACCGUAAAUGCUGCACGGCCAAUGCAGACAUCAGAUUGACCAUGUAGCGCCUUUAAGAAAGCAGAGACCGUGCCAGUUUGCUUUGCCAGUCAGCCGUUAAGGCAGUGCGCCGAUUAAUUUACAUUUGAUGUCGGCAUUUGAACUCGGCUUUAUAAACCUUGUUGUAAUCUGAUAGCCAGGGGUUAUUGAAUUGGGAGGUGAGGGAGCCCUCCUUUUUGGUGACCAUUUGAAACUCAAAGUUAUUUUAUAGCUAUAAAAAUAUAGGCUGUGAUAGCUUUGGGCCUAAUUUAUAUUUUCAUUCAUUUACCCAGUAGGCUAGAGCAAUGUUGGUUUCAUGUAUUGUUAUGAAAAUAAACACAACUGAACAACUCGCUAUUUAGAGCAUUUGCCAAAAAUACAUGUCCUGUUUUUGGCUUCAAAGACAAUAACAAUUGUAGGCUAUAACAAUGUACAUUGUCAUGCAGUGACAGAAUGAUAAUUGAGAUAAUGCAAAUCAUUAAUGAUUUAGUUAGUACUUUUCUUGCUGUAGGGCUAGUUCCUCAUCAUCCUCUGGCUGUAUCCCUCAUCCCUACCUGUAGCCUACCUGCCUCUGGUAGCAUUUACACCUCACUCUGUCAUUCUUGCUGGUCCAGUUCCUCAUCAUCCUCUGGCUGCAUCCCUCAUCCCUACCUGUAGCCUACCUGCCUCUGGUAGCAUUUACACCUCACUCUGUCAUUCUUGCUGGUCCGUUCCUCAUCAUCCUCUGGCUGUAUCCCUCAUCCCUACCUGUAGCCUACCUGCCUCUGGUAGCAUUUACACCUCACUCUGUCAUUCUUGCUGGUCCAGUUCCUCAUCAUCCUCUGGCUGCAUCCCUCAUCCCUACCUGUAGCCUACCUGCCUCUGGUAGCAUUUACACCUCACUCUGUCAUUCUUGCUGGUCCAGUUCCUCAUCAUCCUCUGGCUGUAUCCCUCAUCCCUACCUGUAGCCUACCUGCCUCUGGUAGCAUUUACACCUCACUCUGUCAUUCUUGCUGGUCCAGUUCCUCAUCAUCCUCUGGCUGUAUCCCUCAUCCCUACCUGUAGCCUACCUGCCUCUGGUAGCAUUUACACCUCACUCUGUCAUUCUUGCUGGUCCAGUUCCUCAUCAUCCUCUGGCUGUAUCCCUCAUCCCUACCUGUAGCCUACCUGCCUCUGGUAGCAUUUACACCUCACUCUAUCAUUCUUGCUGGUCCAUCUUCCUCAAUUAAAAUGAGAUAUUCUCACAGAUCCAUCUUUUUGGCAAACGUCAUUAAAUAUUGCUAAGUUAUUUAGCUAUAGUGUGGAUGUAAGGCUGUUAAAAAUAAUAAUUCACCCAGAUAGUGCAACUACUGCAUAGACAACAUAAUAAUGUCAGACAGAGGGACAAACUGGCCUUGUUGGCUACUAUGUUGCAAUCGAUAUUCUCGGAGCCGCCUUGUUUAUACAAAAUGUUUAAAUAUUCUCAGAACCAAGUUGUUGAUACAAUGCUUCAAUAUUCGCAGAACUUUUCCCUUCCCUGUCGAAUAAUGCAAACAGGCUAAUGCAAACAUUUGCGGGAAGCACACGAGACAAUCUUGGCGGGAAGCGCAGGAGACAAUGACUGUCAUUGCACACUGUAUGCACCGUUCCACAACCGUGGCUUCAUAUGGCCUGUAGCAAGGGGUUGGCAAACUUUUUCAUGUGGAGUGCCAAUUUACAAUUGAUCAUAACAUUUCUAAAGAUCUGCUUGCCGGUUACGAUUUUCAUAUAAGCAUUGCAGUCUACCUAACUGUGCCCAAAAAAUAUAUAACUGCCAACAAACUAAAUAAUUACACUGAACAAAAAGAUCAAUGCAACAUGUAAAGUGUUGGUCCAAUGUUUCAUGAACUGAAAUAAAAGAUCCCAGAAACUUUUCAUAUGCACAAAAAGCUUAUUUCUCUCAAAUCUGGUGCACAAAUUUGUUUACAUCCCUGUUAGUGAGCAUUUCUCCUUUGCCAAGAUAAUCCAUCCACCUGACAGGUCUGGCAUAUCAAGAAGCUGAUUCAACCGCAUGAUCAUUGCACAGCUGCACCUUGAGCUGCGGACAAUAAAAGGCCAGUUUGGUCAAUGCCACAGAUGUCUCACAUUUGAGGGAGUGUUGCCAGAUCCUGAUUGGUUUUCUGAUCCACGCCCCUACCUCUACCUUUUUCUAAGGUAUCUGUGACCAACAGAUGUAUAUCUGUAUUCCCAGUCAUGUGAAAUCCAUAAAUGAGGGCCUAAUGAAUUUAUUUCAAUUGACCGAUUUCCUUAUAUGAACUGUAACUCAAUAAAAUCUUUGAAAUUGUUGCAUGUCGUGUGUUAUAUUUUUGUUCAGUAUAUAUAGCUGGCUACUAGAGAGAGGCGCUGUCCAUUCAGCACCAUGCCACGGAGCUCCAACAUGCCUACCUACCUCUACGGAGGCUCCGUCCAUUUAGCGGUUCUGAAUCACGGGCGCGGCCUUAGCUCAAAAGGCAUGUGUAGAUUUUCCUUUCGUGAUUUUCGUCAUUCUUUGGUCGAGUUUGUUUGUCUCCAUGCGUCGUUGUCGAUUGCAGGCCUGAUGUAGGCUAUGCCUUUUAUUUCAAUAAUGUGUAGGAUUUAUCUGGCAUAGUUUGCAUUAGCGGUCAGCUGUUUUAUUCACGGGUUGCUUUCACAUUGAUGUCGGCAUUUGAAGUCGGCCUUGUUGUGACUUGAUAGCGUGUAUUAUGCAUCUAUUUCAUGUUCGCUGUAUGCGCCGUUGCACAAGUAAAUGAGUCAAUGUAUGAGGUUGAGUAGUGGUUGACAUUGUGCACGCAGUUCCACAUACCUUUAAAAACAUAUUGCGGUGAUAAUUAAUGGCUGGGGUCAUUUUCAUUUGUUUUUGCUGUUCUCCAAAAUAGCAUUUGAGAGUUUUAAAAUUAUGUAGAAAUGCAGUAAAUGAGCUUCACAUUCCUACAAAAAAUCAUACUUUGCCAUAUCCUAGGUUCAGUGGUUUAAAGUAAUUAAGUAAAAAUACUUUAAAGUACUACUUAAGUAGUUUUUUGGGGUAUCUGUACUUUACUUUACUAUUUAUAUUUUUGCCAACUUUUACUUCACUACAUUCCUAAAGAAAAUAAUUUACUUUUUACUCCAUACAUUUUCACUGACACCCAAAAGUACUCCUGUUACAUUUUGACAGGAAAAUUGUCCAAUUCACACACUUAUAAAGAGAACAUCCCUGGUCAUCCCUACUGCCUCUGAUCUGGUGGACUCACUAAACACAAAUGCUUAGUUUGUAAAUUAUGUCUGUGUUGGAGUGUGCCCCUGGCUAUCCGUCAAUAAAAAAAUAAAAUUAAUUGUGCCGUCUGGUUUGCUUAAUAUAAGGAAUUUGAAAUAGUUUAUACUUUAAAAUUUUUAUACUUAAGUACAUUUGAGCAAUUCCAUUUACUUUUGAUACUUAAGUAUAUUUCAAACCAAAUACUUUUAGACUUUUACUCAAUUAGUAUUGUACUGGGUGACUUUCAAUUUUACUUGAGUCAUUUUCAAUUAAGGUAUCUUCACUUUUACUCAAGUAUGACAAUUGAGUACUUUUUCCACCACUGUCUAGGUUUAGCUGAACUGACGGCACUGGUACAGUAGAAUACAGUCAUUGUAUAGUAAGCUAUUCCCAUAUCCGGGUUAUGAGACAGACAGCGUGGUAGGCAGCAUCACUGGCUGGAAGUGUUUGGUUUGAUGAAAUCAGGAAGUUAACGCUUUUCCUUUGCAAUCCGUGCUUGUGAGUGUUCCUUCGGCUCUUUUGUCUUUGGUUAAACAUUCAGUUGUGGAUUUAUCGAAGUUUAGCCUGUUCAAUGCUUUAGAAGUGCAAAAAUCAAUACCAUUCGACAGUGCAUGAACACUACGGACAAUGCGGUGAGUAAAAAUUCCUCAUGAACUAAGUUACACUCAUUAACGAGCAACAAGUGCGCACGUUUCGCAAACAAAUAUGUCUACUUGCUGUCAUUGGACGAACGUUUGGCACGUUUCAGCGUUUAUAAGCCUAAUAAAGCCAAAUUCUUAAAAAAUCAAGACCACGCACACAGUUGUGGUUUUAAAGAUGUGGCAUGUGUAAACCAAAGCGAAUGACCUGAAGUGUCGUGUGUGUUCAAGGCCGCCCGAAAUAGUAACGUCUCUGUUUUUAUAGUUCUGGCUGUCAGCUAGUGUGUGUUUUGCACAGAUAUUAUUUAAAAAUACAAAUCCACUAAAUUAGGCAACUGUGUUGUAAUGUUUAUUGUAUUUUAUUGUAUAUGGGUCAAAAACAAUAACACGAGAAGUCAUAAAAGUUGUAGUAUAAAGCUUCUCAUUCGAGACACAAGUACAUUAUUCUAAUUAAGGCAUCUCAACGACUAUAGUUGUAAAUGUUGGGUGGCAAUUUGUAUAUCCAUUAACUUUUUGUUAUGCAAUGUUUGUCUGCUUUCACUUUCUCAAGAUCAAACCUAUGUCUGUCUGUCUGUCUGCCUGCCUACCUGUGUUUUGCAGGGCACUGACUAAUGGCUCUCCCUCUGUCCUCCCUCCUACCACAGCCCAUCUCUAACCAGUGUCUUCCACCACACCAGUGACUCAGACUGGGACCAGUCCCACUGACCACCACCCUGUACUGGUCCCAGUUCAGUCCUGCCCUGCUGUGGAGGAGGAGGCAUGUCCUACUGGUCUGUAGGCCUCUCCAAGGCCACUGGAGACACACAGAGCAACAACAUGGAGGACCAAGAGAAACAAGAUGGUGAACAAGAUGGUGAGAGAAUUCACUUUUACUGUAUUGUACUUAGGCUGUAUCUCAAUUAGUAUUUUCCUUAUUCCUUGCCUCCUUCUCAACCGUAUUGGAGGAGAAUGUUCAAGGUCCCUCCCCUAAGACCUUUAGAGAAGGAGAUGAGUAG